AUGCAUGUGCACGCGCAGCCUGCCCUGGCCACCGUCUGGGGCUCACAUGCUCCUGGUCUGAGCACCCACGGUGGCUCGUUCCUUCCCCAUCCGCGCUGCCUGUCCUUGAGGACCCCGCCUGCUGUUUUCUCUGGUUUGAUCUCAUUCCAGCUGCGGACUCUGCGCAUGUGCGCGUUCCUGGAGAGGGCGGGGCAAAACCGCGGGCAGCCCCACCCCCUCAGUGCCCAGCCCCUUUCAGGUCCCAGCCUUCCUGCGAUCUGCGCCUCCGCUCUAGUCUCGGGCGGGUCCCAACCUGGCCUUCCCAGGGACUCUACUCCAUCUUGGCCGGCCCAAGGCCUGGAGGCCCCAUCCCGCCAAGGCUCAACGGAUCUUGGGACUAGCGAAGGCGGCCGCCACAGACCCGGGAUCCUGUGCCGUCGUCGUGCUAGCAUCUGGGUUGGGAUGCAUGCGGGUAGCCAGGGUAGUGUGGGCAUGCAGAGUGUAGCUCUGGGACAUGUGUACAUAUUUUUUGAGCGUCGAGAUGAAUGUGUGUCGGGGUGGGUGCUUAGGCCAGCUGAGGCAAGCAAUAUCAUCUCCACUCCACUUGAUGUUGGAGAAAACUGGUCAAGAUUGGCGAAUGGGAAGAUGGGGGAUGGGAUACCCAGCCAUGGAGUGAAUCAGAAUCAACAGGAAAGUCUACAUCUGCUGUCUAGGGACCCUAGUCUUGAUUCCUUACCCCUGACCCUGUCUGUCCUUUCCUCCACAGAUAAGCCCCAGAAGGAGCAGGAUGGGAACAGGGGAGGGGCAUGGUUAGGGGCAGGGGGAGCCCUGGCCCCCAGUACCUCCUCCCCAUUCCCCCCUGAGCCUCCAGGGGCUUCAGGCAGCAUCAUCCCUGUCUACUGUGCCCUCCUAGCCACUGUGGUCCUCGGUCUGCUUGCUUAUGUGGCCUUCAAGUGCUGGCGCUCACAUAAACAAAGGCAGCAACUGGCCAAGGAUCGAACUGCGGAGCUGGGGGGCCUCAAAAGGGACCAUAUGCCUGGGGAUAGCAGUGUCUUCCAGGACUCUCCUAGCGGCCUGGAGCCCUGUGUCCCCAGCCAGGGGCCACAUCCUGAACUUGGCUGCCGGCUCUACCUCCAUCUCCCUCCGCAGCAGCGACAGGAAGUGGAGCAGCUCUUGGAGGCCUCAGGUGAACCUGACAAAGGCUGGCAGGGCCUGGCAGGCUACCUGGGCUACCAAGCUGAGGCUGUGGAGACCAUGGCCCGGAGCCAGGUGCCAGCCUACACUCUGCUGAGGGACUGGGCCAUCCAGGAAGGCAGCGGUGCCACCCUCAGGGUGCUAGCAGAUGCCCUGGCUGCCAUGGGCCGUGAAGAUGUGGUCCAGGUCCUGGAUCCCCCAGCUGAGGGCUGCUCUGUGGUGUGAUGCUUCCAUAGCCCAGCCUCUCAGGGAACUGCUCUGGUGCUCCCCACCACCCAUCUCAUAUGCAUUUCCUUUCAUGGGUAUCCUGGCAUUGGUGACCUCAGCCUGCUCUGUUCUGAGGGGACAUAAAGCUCCAGCCACCACCACCUCCUCUCACCCUACCUUCCUCCAAGACAGGGACCAGGAUAUGGGGCAAGGGGAUGGUGGGGUGAGGAGGGUUGACAGUGAGUGGCCCUGCCUCCUGAUCCCCAUUUUAACUCCCCUUACUUAACCUCAACUUUUUUUUCUACUUUUGUAUCCCAUAUUAAAGGAAAUUUUGGACUGUU